CUUGAAACAGUCAGUUACCUUUCCGUUUUAAUACCGUAAGGAUCUACCAGUCACGCGAGCUUUCGGAUCUCUCACUUCCACUCUCUUGAUUAUCAACGAUAAUGAAGUGGAACGAAGUGCUAGUUGUUUUAUGGAUCAUCUUUUCACCUUCGAUUGCAGUUUCCUCUUCCUGGAGACCAGUUGUGCCAUCGUCGCAACUGAGCAUUUUUAAUCAUGAUUCUUCGUCACUGUCAUCAUCAUCGUCCUCAAUUUACGGAAAUUCACCGUUUGAAAGUGAAAAUUAUUUCGGUCAAGAAAAUGAUCAGUGCGCCCUUUACAAGGUCUCAAUGAAUCAGCAAUUAUAUUUCGAGUACAUACAAUACAAAAUUGAUUUUCCAUCGAUGAAGGAGUUUACCCUGUGCAUGUGGACGAAAUUCAAGAAUCACACAAACGAACAUCCACUUUUCUCCUAUGCAGUGGGUAUUCAACCUCGGGGUAUAUUAUCCUGGGUAGCCAACACUGCUAGGAGUUCGUAUUACAUGCUCAACAUAGAUGGGCAUAACCUUUAUAGAUUAAAUUAUCCUUUAAGAUUGAAUAAAUGGUACCACUCCUGUCAGAGUUGGAACGGACAUACGGGAGAAUGGCAGAUCUGGGUCAACGACGAGCGUGUAGGUCGCGGGUUCAAUAACAGGUUGGUUGGACACGUGAUAAAAGGAGGGGGAGUCGCGAUUUCCGGACAAGAGCAGAGACAACUCGGAGGCGGAUUCCUCGAAGGAGAAGGAGCACCUCCUGGCUCUGGUGGAAUGCUUGGCGAGAUAACCAUGGUACAAUUGUACGGUGUAGCUUUAACGGCAGGGAAAGCUCAUCGAGAUCAUAAGCAUCAUCAUGUUCAUCAUUAUGAACACGAUACGAGCAAUAACGUCCCUCCUUCAACAACUCAAGCACCUGUAACUGGUCCUCCUUUACCAAUGAAUCCUUACCUAACCGGAGGACAAAUAAAUCAUCAGGUGAAAAUUAAUCCCGGUUCGCACCUUCAAAUUGUGAAGAACGGUGUUACUCUACGUCAUCCGACAAUUCCAGUACCACAGGUGCCAGCUCAACAACCAUUCCCUCCAUCGAAUCCUAUUCCAAUGCCGACUGUUUCUCCAUCGCAGAAUUUAAUACCCGGAUUCCUGCCUGUUCUCAAUUCAUACAAACCACAGCAACCGCAAUUCUUUAGCAAUAAAAUUCCCCAAAUUCCAAGUUUGACAUCGUCAAUAGCGAAUCCCGUUAAUGGAUUUAAUUUCAUUGACAGAAGAUAUCGACACGUUGUCAGGCAUCCUAAAAGUCUGUCAAAACGCGACAAUCCUGACGAAAGAGCGGAAGGGAAAAAUUCAUCCACUGAAGAUGACGACAAAGUUGCCUUCAUGACAGAGAACAUUUUCGGAAAGAAGAACGUGACAAAGCGAGAGAGCGAAAUAAAGAGGAAACGAGCCCUGGUUCACUUAUCGGACGGCUCAAUCGUGGACGAUGCACUACUACUGCAACAAAAUUUGGGCGACGAUUAUUUUUCGGGUCUCGCCAAUUUCGGGGCAGCACUCAAGACUCCCGAAUCGAAGGAGGAGGAACGAGAACCAGCCGAGGGCGAAGUCAGACAAGUUAUGGAUAUUUGCGACGGUUGUGCCGGUGAGCCCUUCGAGCGGGCGCUCAUUUUCGGCUGGAGAAGUGUUUCCAAAAAAUUAUACUCAGGUGCUAUGCAUAUUCCAACAGUGCCAGUUUGCAAAAGUUUCUAAACUCAAUUCAAUUUUAGUUUAAAAAAAACAAAUUAAAUCAGUAUUGAUUUUUUCUUAAACAUGCAAAAGAAAAUCAUUAUCGCGAUUAUUUUUUCGUGCUCGAAAACUACCUCUUGAAUUAAUAACGCGACUUGAAAAUCCUCUGAUUAUAGCGCAUAAGAAUUUAAUUUUUUUUAUCAAAUUUGAGAUUUUAUUUUAUUUUAUUUAUUUUUUACGUCCUUUUUAUACGAGCCCCAUUAAAUUAUUCUUUAUUUUUAUAUUUUUCCUUACAAAAGAUAAAUUGCGCGAUUUAUUGAAAUUGUUUGGCGGAAUUAUUUGUAAAAGGAAAAUAAAUUGCGUGAUUAGAUUAGUUGUUUUUUUAUGAUAUGAAAAAUGAUAAUUGAGAGUGUGACAAAUUAUGUAACGUUUUUUUUUUAGUUUUAAGGCACAAGUUAUGUCAAAACUUAGUCUGUUUUCUACGUGCUAGUUGUCUAAGACAAGUUUGCUCACCGAUGUGUAAAAUUAGUUUUCUCAAUAGACAGAUAAUAGGGACAAUAUGGCAAAAUAAUGACAUCGAUUUUAAGAAUUGCCAUAAGUAUUGUAGUGUAAGCUUUCUUAUAGAUUUGUAUAGAGAAAGUAUAUAUUGUGAUGAUGAAAAAAUGUUUAUAAUAAUAUAUACAAAUCCAGGCAUUUUAGUAUAAUUUCAUGAAUUUUGUUUGAAAAUUAAUUUCAAUAUUUUACGAUUAUUUUAAUUUUCAAUUCAAUAUUGAUAUUUUAAUUUCAAUUGAAUUCAAUUCAAUUUCAAUAUUUUAUUUUAAUAACACAAUUUUUCUAAUGAUUUCAAAUAGAGUAAAAAAAUGAAUCAAAAUGUUGCUUUGCAACACUUUUGAUUCGUUUCUUUUACUCAAUUUGAAAUCCCUAGAAAAUACUGUGAAUUCGAUUAUUUUAUAGUAUGAAAUAAUGGUAAAAUUAAGUGUUAAUUUUGUACGAAAAUAAAUGCAGUCGAAUUUGGAUAAAAUUGUUUUUUCUGGAAAGAAGUUUUUUCAAGCCACAAUUUUGUAACCAAAAACAUUUUAUAAAAAAGUUUUUUAAAGAAUAGUCUCUAAAGGUAUCCGACUUUGAUUGCAUUUUUUCCAAUUUGAAGACAAUUUUCCGGCUUAAUUUAUUUUUUUCAAAAAAAUAUCAGAUAUUUAAAUAUGUUUAACUCAUGUAUCAUGAUCAUUAGACUUAUGUUAUUUAUUAAACAUUAAAAAUAUACGAUUUUCUCUUUCUUAA